UAGGUCAAUGGCUGACUUCGUAUUUAAGGAAUACUUCUAGUUUCGAAGUCUAUAGAAAUGUUCAGUUUGUGUCGGGAAAAGAUAUCGAGUUUUGUUUUGCUUUAGAAAACGCUAUUUGGAACUAAUUUCUUUUGACGAAAAUUCAGCCAUGAAGUUAGUGAUAACCGUUUUAGUGGGUGUGCUAUUCUUCGUUGGGAUUGAAGCCAACAACUAUCCACCAAACAUCAAAGUGGUACAUAAAGAAGUACCAGUAUAUCACAAGGUAGCCGUACCAAAGCCUGUGCCAGUACCGAAAUACAUCCCAGUCCCAAAAAUCAUACAUGUACCACACCACGUACCUGUCCCCUUCAGAGUACCAGUUGUAAAGACCAUUCCGAAGAUAGUGAAUGUCCCGAAGGCCAUUCCCGUACCAAAGAUCGUUGCAGUGCCAAAGCCAGUGCCUAUUGGUGUUCCAUUUCCUGUACUGAAAACUGAAGCUGUUCCAAUCUACAAACCCGUUCCUGUUCCAAAAGCGGUACCUGUUCCGUAUCCAGUGAAGGUCCCCAAAUACAUCCCCGUUCCUGUGCAUAAAGUAGUGAAAGUACCCAAGCCAUUCCACUAUCCAGUUAAAGUUCCCGUCUACAAACAAAUCAUUGUAAAGAAGAAGGUCGAAGUACCUGUUCCAUAUUACAUCAAAAAGCCAGCCUAUGGUGGUCAGACGGGAGAAGGAUAUGGUGGAGGCAAUGAUAAAGGAACUCCUUAUGGAGGUGGUGCUGGAGGAGGAUGGGAUGGAGGCAAUGACAAAGGAACACCCUAUGGAGGAGGAGGAGAUGGAGGACAAGGAGGUGGAUGGGAUGCUGGCAAUGACAAAGGAACCCCCUAUGGAGGAGGCGGACAAGGAGGUGGAUGGGAUGCUGGCAAUGACAAAGGAACCCCCUAUGGAGGAGGCGGACAAGGAGGUGGAUGGGAUGGAGGCUAUGGAGGAGGAGAUCAGCAAGGAUGGGCGUCAACCUAUGGAAGAGUACAACAGCAGAAUGCAGGUGUAUGGCAACAAGGAGUAGGUGGAGGCGCCUAUCAGGAUGGUGGAUAUGGAGGAAGUGAAAAAGGAGAAACAGGAGAAGGAGGUGACUGGAAUCAGGGAUAUGAAGAUGGAGGUUCUGAAGGAGGUUAUGGUGCUGAAUCUCAACCUGUCGGUGGAUGGGAUGCUAACUAUGGUGCCAGUAAUAACGGAGGUAGUGUAGCAUGGCCUAGCAACUAUGGCGGUGCUGCUGCUGCAGCUGGCAAUUACGGUAAUGUUGGAGCUAGCAAUUAUGGCAAUACUGGAGCUAACAAUUAUGGCAAUACUGGAGCUAACAAUUAUGGCAAUACUGGAGCUAACAAUUAUGGCAAUACUGGAGCUAACAAUUAUGGCAAUACUGGAGCUGUCAACUAUGGAGGCGCAACAGGAGGUAAUUCUGGUGUCGCUAAUUAUGGCACCUCUGGAGCUAAUAAUUAUGGAAAUUCUGGAGCCAAUAACUAUGGUGGAUCAUCUAAUGCUGGUGUCAGUUGGCCAGACACUGCUUCCAGUGACAACAAGAAUACUGGAAAUAGAGGCAUUGGUUGGGUGUGAGCUUUAGGAUGGAUUGUUCUGUUGAAAUAAGAACAAAUAUGACACCGAGGACAGAAAAAGUGGUGUCAUUGUCAACACCACAAUAGUCUCAAAUUUAAGAACGGUAGAGGAAAAUUAAAACAUCAUAUGAUAAACCAUGAUGCUUGCACUAUAUUUACUCAAAUUCUUUGCUGCCUAAAUUAGAUGAUUUGAGACUAAUUUCUCAAAGAGCUAAAGCUUCUUGACUUUCGAUCAUGGAUAUUGAAUGAAGAUCAAUUUUCAUUAUAGAAAUUUAAGUAGUGCUAAAUAGGAUUCAAGAUUAUUAACAAAAAUAUUUAACUUUUUGAAUGAAAUAUUUAAUUGGAGAAUAACAUUGCAAUCAAUUCAAAAAUGCUUCUGAAGCAAUUUCAGAAAAAGUUUUGGGCAUUUUAUGAAAAUUGUCGGAAUGAAAUCUUUAAUAUAAUUAGAAUGCAGUAGCAAAGCUUUAGGAAAAAACGUUUUAAUCAUUUGAUGUAAAUUUACCUCUAGCGUUUUUAAAUAUUUUGUACAUAGAAUAUAUGUUAUUUGUGUAUGUUGUUUAUUUGUCUGUAUAUUUAUCAUCAUAGUGCUCUUUUUUAACUAACACUUUAUUUCAUAAUUUUUCUAAGUCGGACGAAAUACCACUCACAAUAUUCUUUUCUUUUCCGAAAUCUGUCUUCACUAUUCUUCAACAUAAAAUAAUAAAUGAAGAAUCAACAAUAUUUAAUGAAUAAAAUUUGAAUAUUUAAUUGAUAAAAAUAUAGCAAUGAAUAACUAUUAGAUUUAAAACUUUAGAAUGAAUAGCGCUACUCGUUUUGCAUCCAUUAUGCUUCUUGGAGCAAUAAGAAAUUUUUCUUCAGUGGAACCUAAAAAAUUUUUGUUUUAGAAUUUAAUUGAGUCAGGAAUUUCUAAGAAACGUCGUCAUUUUGCAAAUAACUCACUUUAUUGUGCUUUUCUGUAUUUUACUGCAAUCAUGUUGCCAGGUGCAAUAUUCAUGGCGUGUACGUAGAGCAUCUUUUUUCGAACCAUUAAUUAACUGCAACUCAGUCAUUUUGCAUUUACAUCCGCAUGAAAGGAUACCUCAGAAUAAUAAUAAAAAAAAUCUUUAAAAGAUAUUUUGAAUCAUAUGAAAAAAAUGUAUAAAAUUAGUAAGUGAAUUUUUUUAGCUUUUUUUAAAAACUCAAUUUUUGUCCAAUAAAUGUCUUCCCAAAGCUCCAAGCUUUAUGAGUUUCACCACGAUGUUUUAUUAUUUCUCUUUCUGCUGAGCAGUUUGUUCAAAUUUCUAUUCUUUCGUUAUGUCUUAGUAGUAUUUAAUGUUAUUUUAUUAUUUCUCACUAAUGAGUUUUGGUUCGUACUUUUAUUUUUUAUUACAAGCAUGUGAUAGUACUAUCCAUGUGCAUUGCCAAUUUGUAGAUUUAUUUUUGAAUCUAAGCGUUGUAACGUUUAUGUCAAUGAUUUCGUGAACAAAUAAAAAAAUAAUUUUUCAA